AUGAGGACAUCCCCUAAGCUGGUCCUCCGUCCCCGAUUGAUUCCGAUGCUUGCUCCGACCACGAUUUGUAUGGUGAUGAAGGAGGUGACACACAAGGCUCUCACAACUACUACGAGCCAGAUGCCUUCCUCCAGUACUGGGCUAGGGGAUGCGUCAGACUGA